AUCCAGAUACUCGAAUCCCUUGUGGGCCCUCCAGAAUCCUAGAGUGAACUUGGAAGUCCAUGACUGUUUCCGGGGGGAGUUGAAAUAAAGACGCUCACUUCCGGCGGAGGGAGGUGUUUUGAUCCGGGAUGGAGGAGGAGGGAGCGGUUCUCUCGAGGGGAAAGACUCUGCAGCCGGUUCCGGAGCCGUCCCUGGACCCCGAAUCGGGAUGGAGACCAUCUGGAGAAAAUUGUGCUCAGUGCCACAAAGACUACCCGUCUUGGCCGAGCAAGGCCAUUCUCGCUCUGAAGAGCCUUCCCUGGGGCUUGGCCGUGGGUCCCUCACUCGCCAAGGAACAGCGUUUGGGGGUCUGGUGUGUCGGGGAACCCCUACAGCCGGGACUGCACUGGGGGCCGCUGGAAGAAGAGUCUGUCUCCGAGAAGGGCGAGGAAGUGAAACGACAGCAGGAGAAGGACCUGUCACUGGACCCAUGGGGGGCAGUGUGUGUGUGUGAGCAGAGUUCAGGCUGGACCAGUUUGGUGCAGCGGGGCAAACUGGAGAGUGAGGGGAACGUGGCCCCAGUUCAGAUCAACGAGAGGCUUCACCUGCAGGUGUACCAGGUUGUGCUGCCAGGCUUUGAGCUGCUACUGUGGCCCCGGCCGCCUUCAAAGGGCCGAAGCCCCACACAGCCCAGACUAGAGGAGGAGGCAGCUGGAGACAUGGUGGCAGAAGUGGAGUCUGAUAUACAACAAGAAGUGGCCUCCCCUGCAGAGGAUGCAGCAGACUCUUGCACAGAUCUUGGCCAUCAGUCACCUCAUAGCAUCCAGGCAGAGAAUGUGGUGAGCUCUGAACCUAGGUCCAAAGCCCAGGAUCAGCCUUCCAAGAAUAGCCAGCCUCUUGGCCUGCUGCUUCAGGACGUCAGUGUGGAUGAGGAGUGCCUGCUCCAGGCGCGGAUGCCACCUGAACCUCAGAGCAGCUUGGCUGCCCAGCAGGGCACAGAGUGUGGCGAACCUGAACCUGAGAGAGGCUACACUGCCCAGAUGGACCCAAAGAACUGUGAAGCCGAUUCAUUACCUUCUGCCAGGGGCACCGAGCUGCGUGCCUGUCUGGCCAAGAAGUUAUGUGGCCCCAGUGAUCAGUGCCCACCCCGAGCAAAGACCGCAGAGCCCGGGGCCCAGCAUUUUCCUACGCUCUUACGGAGCCCUCCUGGCCCCGCUGGAAACUCCCCAAAGCAGGGGCGACGGUACCGGUGUGGGGAGUGUGGAAAGGCAUUCCUGCAGCUGUGCCAUCUGAAGAAGCACGCGUUCGUGCACACAGGCCACAAGCCCUUCCUGUGUACUGAAUGUGGCAAGAGCUACAGUUCAGAGGAAAGCUUCAAAGCCCAUGUGCUGGGCCACCGUGGAGUGCGACCCUUCCCCUGUCCGCAGUGUGACAAGGCCUAUGGCACUCGGCGAGACCUCAGAGAGCACCAGGUGGUACAUUCAGGUGCCCGGCCCUUUGCAUGUGACCAGUGUGGCAAGGCCUUUGCCCGCCGGCCAUCACUGCGACUGCAUCGCAAGACCCACCAGGUGCCAGCUGCCCCUGCCCCAUGCCCAUGCCCUGUAUGUGGGCGGCUCCUGGCCAAUCAGGGCUCCCUGCGGAACCACAUGAGGCUCCACACGGGGGAAAAGCCCUUCCUGUGCCCACACUGUGGCCGGGCGUUCCGCCAGCGGGGCAACCUGCAUGGGCACUUGCGGCUGCACACUGGGGAGCGCCCCUAUCGCUGCCCGCACUGUGCAGAUGCCUUCCCCCAGCUGCCUGAACUGCGGCGCCACCUCAUCUCCCACACUGGGGAGGCACACCUCUGCCCUGUGUGUGGCAAGGCCCUCCGAGACCCACAUACCCUUCGUGCUCAUGAGCGCCUGCACUCAGGGGAGAGGCCUUUCCCAUGUCCCCAGUGUGGCCGUGCUUACACGCUGGCCACCAAGCUGCGGCGCCACCUCAAAUCCCACCUGGCAGACAAGCCCUACCGCUGCCCCACCUGUGGCAUGGGCUACACCCUCCCCCAAAGCCUUAAGCGGCACCAACUUAGUCAUCAGCCUGGGCCACCCUCCAGUCCCCACUCUGUGCCUCCUGCUGCUUCUGAGCCCACCGUGGUGCUCUUGCAGACUGAGCCAGAGCUACUGGACACAUGCAGACCAAGUGAAGCAUCUCCAGCCAGGGAUGUUGUUGAGGUCACCAUUUCAGAGAGCCAGGGCCCUAACCCCAGCCUGGUGCUGAUCCAUAAGGACAUGGGCUUUAGUGCCUGGGCAGAGGUGGUGGAGGUAGAGACAGGUACCUGACAUUUGGGCCCUCUCCUGACAGCUCUCCAUAAAGUCUGUUUCUAUCUCUAUGCUUCUGCAUCUUCUUUCUUUUUGGGUUGCCUGGUAGGGACAGAAAUCUAGGAUGGCCCUUCCUGCUUAUGAACAGCUGAACUAUUUCAACACUGCCAGAUAAAACCUGGGUACAGAUCCUUUACUGACUUCCAGGAGAGCUUGCCCUGCCUCCUCCCCUAGGAACACCAGGGACAGUUGUUCUGUAAACCUCAUUGAAGUGACCCCACCCAGUGGGACAGUCAGUAGUUGGCAGUGCUCCUGACCCACUGGGUGUUUGCCAGGGUAGUUAUACCCAUCAAACUCCCUUAGGGACAAGCACUUCCAUUUGGAAUCAAUUCAUAUGGCUUCCAAGAGUUGAAAGAUAGCUCAGCUCGCAGCCCACACGUCACAUGUCUCUGUAGUUCAGUCUUUAGGUAAUUUUGACAGCUUUUCAUACCACCUAAGCCCUAAGUUGGUUAUUGUUCUGUGCUAAAGGACACCAAAUUGCUUGGGAGCCAACUAGGGCCAGAUUUGUGCCCUUCUAUGUACCUGACUCAGCCCGGUUGAGGGAAGGAGUAAGGAAUUAAGGUGUUUUCAUCUGCUGUGGGCUUGGACUGCAGUAGGUGCUGGGGACACAGCUAUGAACAAGACAGAGGAAAUGCCCUUUAGAGUUCACAAGCCACCACCAGGUCAGGGAUGGGGGCCAGCAAUCAUCAGGUAGGAGUUAAUGGGGGUAUCGCUGGGUGCUGUGGGUGUGUUUAUGGGACCAUUUUAGCCCAGCCUGAGGCACCAGGGCUAAGAAGGAACACUCCGCCCUUACUGUGAGUAUUUAACCCAUGAAGCAACUGUGACAGGUAGCAUCAUGAUUCUUGUUUUAUAGAUCAGGAACAAGUAAAAACCCCUUAAGGAUUCUGUCCCAAGAUCACAAAGUUUCUAGUGGUUGAGAUUCAUACCCACCUGGUCCUACCCAACUAGAGUUAGGCUUUUAACCCCCGCACUCCAGGGUCCCUCUGCUCACCCAUGACCUGGAUGAGUAGGUGUUUGGAGAAGGGGAUGCAAUCCUACAGUGAGGGGUCAGGGGUGGUCUCAGAAGACAAGUUAAGUAGAGACCUGAACAACCCAGGAGUGAGUCAAAUGGACAUUUAGGAGCAGCUGGAAUCCAAGCAGAGAGCACAGUGGAGUGAGGACAGGGGCCGUAUAGGCUGGGGUAGUUACUCUGGAGGAUAUGUUCUCUGGGAGGUCCAAGUGACAAUGAAAAGAACCAGUGGGUAAGGUACAAGCCUGGGAAGAAAAACUGGUUCAGAGGGAGAGGCAUGGGGUCACUAGCAAGUAGGUGGUCACUGAAGCUGUGGGAACAGAAGAUCCAGAGGUGGGGAGCGGGCACAGGCCCAAAGUCAACAUGGCCCAGCCCAUCAGGAAGAAGGCUCAUGAGGGGAGCCUGAAGAUUAGCUAAGGGCACAGUGCUUCAACAAGGAGGAAGUGGUCAGCAAUGCUGCUGCUGCUGGAAGGGCUGAGAUUUGUGGACAUCGCCAGGGAGCUGAGAGUAUUUGGAAGCCACAUUGACUUGCUUUGCUCUGGGGAACAGUGGGAGGCAAGACAGGAAUCAUAAACUUUCUUUUUUGCACGUGUAUUACUGGCAUUUGAACCCAGAAGAACUCCGCUGAGAUACAAGCCUGGCCCUUUAAAAUUUUUUUGAGACCUGGCCUUCCUAUGUUGCGGAGGCUGGCCUUGAACUGGGAAUCCUCCUGCCUCAGCCUCCUGAGUAGCUGAGAUUACAGGUGUACACCACUGCAUGCCCUAUUGGGAAGCACAUAUGUUCUUCUUUCAUCUUUCUACUGUCCUACAAAAUAGUGUUGCGAUCUCUGAUUCACAGAUGAAACUGACAUUCAAAGAGGGUGAGUAACAGGCCAAGGUUACAUGAUCGAUAAGAGGUGCAGCCAGGAUUCAAAUGUGGAUUAUUCUGUGGCUUCCCAGAACUUAAUUGCAAUGCCAUAACCAGCCCCAUGUCUUCCAGUUUGCCAUUGACAUUAACCCAGGUCCCACCCAAUCUGAGUAACUUUUUGGCAAAGCAUAAAUCUGAAAUUGU